AUGUUGGCAGAAGGGGAGUCGCGGAUUGCCGAUAUCUGUCGCCUCUUGCAGGACAAUGUCGAGGUUGCAAGCCUUUGGGAUGAGUUCCAACGCUUUGCGCAGCAGCUACGGCAAAGCAAGCUGGAUCGUAUGACUCUUGCGUGUGAGCUGCACACCGCUGUGAGUCUGGAGAAGCUGGUGCCCAGCAUCCACUUUCAUCUGAUGUUUGACUCGAGACAGACGGUGACUCUGCCGAAGCCCAGUCUGUUGUUUCGUGGUGCCGUUCCGCAUCAGUCUGUGGAGUGCAAGCAAGCCCGUGGAAAAGCUUGCCGAAAGGCAUACGAUCAGGGGCAUUAUUAUUUACAGGUUCCGAAGAUUGGCUCCAUUCAUAUGACGACGACAGCUCCUGCCUUCACCACCUUUCCAAUUGCGCCGGAUUGGAUUACCAAUUUAUGGCAGGCCUGUAAAAUUACGGAGCAGGUUGCGGAGAAGGAGUACCUGCGCUGCAAGAAGCACGUGAAAGCCUAUUUAGACAACAUGAAGUUCCAUGCACAGUGCAUGCAGACAGAGGCCGUUGCAGCGCGCAAGGCGCAAGCGCUCCUGGACCUUCAGCCCCUCAUGAAGACAGCCGUUGUGCUGGAGCAGGUCCAGCGCGACUUCUUGCCACAGUUCGCCCGCCCCAUGUUCCGAAGGAGCUUCCUUGUUUUAACUGGUCCCACGCGACUUGGUAAAACAAUCUAUGCUCGCAGCCUCUUCGGUCAUCGCCAGACACUAGAGCUCAACUGCUGUGGCGUGAGUCAGCCUGACUUGCGUGGCUUCAACCCUUUGGUCCACCGCGCCAUCUUGUAUGAUGAAGGUUCCGCGGACAUGGUUUUGCGCAAUCGUCGCCUGUUUCAGGGGUCCACAGAAGAGGUUACGCUCGCCCACUCUGGAACAAAUCUGUUCACCUACAGCGUGUAUGUCUACAACGUCGCUAUGAUUCUGACGUCGAACUCUUGGCUGCGUGAGCUGGAGGAGUUGCAGAGCGAGGAGCGCGAGUGGCUCGAAGGUAAUUCAAUCUGUAUAGACUGCAAGCAGCCGCUGUAUGAGACGUGA